CCGAUGAGCAACACCAUCAUUCAUUCUUUUCACACAGGCGCUCCGGACAAGCACACGACCAACCGAACCGGGACAAGUUUAAAUGAACACGAUGGCAGGGGAAAGUCGGGGCAAACGGAGGAAACAGGCGAACCCGAGGAGAAACCGAGUGGAUGCUGAGCAGGUGGGCUCGCUGGGGUCCGAGGGCGAAGAUGAGGUGGGGCUAUGGAACCUGGAGCAUCCCGACUGCCAGGAGGCCCUGGACAAGACGAGCCUGACACCCAGCGAGGGCACCGAGGAGCCUGGCAGUCCAGCGUUGUCCACCCAGCCGCAGAGUCUGAGCCCGAGCAGCAGGAACUGCUGGUCUCAGGGCGACCCAGAGGUCGGGGUCCCGGAUGAAGAUGCGGCUGCCGGUGACAGAGAGCGGUACCCGGACCCACUGACCAUGUUCUGCAAGAACUCGGACUCCCACCAUGAGCUGGAAGACCUGGCACACUACGAGCUUUUGGCCCGUCUGAGGAAGACCUCGUCUUCAUCUGGCUUCUUAGAUCACCGGAUUCAGAACGGUGUGCCGGACAUCAACCAACCAGACAGCAGACAUGAAGAUCUUCCACCUGCCAUUUGGUCCCCGGGUGCUCAGCACUGCUCACCUGAGUCUGCAGAAGCCAGGAUGAGCCAGCAGGCCUGUCCUUUUUGCCACAAAACCUUCCAGCGUGGUGCCUUGCUGAGGGAUCACAUCAAAUACUGCCAUGAGAGAGAUAGCGGUCACAUGGUCUGUCCACUGUGCGGCUACACUGUCACGCACCGGGCACAGAUGGAGCGCCACCUUGCGCUUCACAACCAAGUGCAGGAGAAGAGCACCAUCAGCCUGGAUCCCGGCAUGGAGAGCAGGAAGUUCAAAUGUCUGCAGUGUGGGAAGGCGUUCAAGUACAAGCAUCACCUCAAAGAACAUCUUCGCAUCCACAGCGGAGAGAAACCAUACGAGUGCUCCAACUGCAAGAAACGCUUCUCCCACUCGGGCUCCUACAGCUCUCACCUCAGCAGCAAAAAGUGCCUCAGCAACGGAGGAACAUUCAACGGGCACAGCCAAAGUUCAUACCAAAGCAACUUCUUCCCGACAUCUCCCUCUGUGGGCGCGGGGAGGAACAGCACUGACAAAAGCUCACCUGUGGCCUUGCAAUCUCAGAAGAACCCCAAACAGUCAGGCAGAGUUCUGGAGGAGGAUCAGAGCGCCGGAGGCUUCCCGUCAGACCUGGCGCAGCUUUGGGACCCUUCAGCUGAGCUCUCAUUGAGGGCCAGUAUUUUCAAGGGGACCACGCUGCUCCCUUACCUUCACUCCGGCAGGAAAUUUGAACAGAUGCUGCAGGAGAUGCUGCACAGAGACUUGAAGACAGAGAAUGGAGAAGGUGUGGAGGAGGGGAAGGGGAUCACCAAUGCUGAUAGGAAGUUCUCGCCGGUGAGGUCUGGUGAGGGGGAACGAGGUGUUCUGGGGGUGAGCUGCCGCUGGUGUUCGCAGCUUUUCCCGAACGUGGCAGUUCUUCUGCAGCACGAGCGCUACCUGUGCAAGAUGAAUCGUGAUCCGUUAGACGUUCCUCACAGCAAAGACCUCACCCACUCGCCGCCGCUGUUCCUUAGAGCUGAGAACAGCAGAGCGGGCAACCGCGCCAACGGCUUCCUAGGGAGCCGCUCGCCGUUAGAGAAGCCGACCUGGAGCUCAGUUCCGCAGCAGCUUCUGGUCGCGAUGCACUCCCCCAUUCAACCUGGCCACUCGUCCUUACAGCUCCACCAAAAAGAAACAAGCCCAAGCCAUAACAAUUCUUCACCUCAAGGGCAGAGGAGAAGAGUCUCUUCCUCUGGACUGGGUUCCCCUGAACUGGCCUCACCUCAGGAGCCCUGGUCAGCUCAGAACGAACCUCUGGACCUCUCGCUCAGAAAGCCGUUUUCUGAAACCAAAAGUAAAACCGCCAAUGGGAACUCAAGCAGACAAGAAGUUAGAGAUUUUGAGCUGAAACAUCACAGUGCUCCUCAACCGUCUCUUCCCCACCACCCGCUCUACAGUGGCUCACCGGUGUUUCCAGCUUCCUUCUACAAUGGGUUUAACAUCCUCAACCAGGCUGGUUUAGGGCUCUCAGGGUCCCACGGCAUCUCGCCGGUUCCAUUCAGCCCACCAGCGAAUAACCCAGGAUUUCUCUCAUCCAUGUCCUACAUCAUGGAGACGGAGGCCGAAGCGGCACUGCAGAAGAUCCACCAGGAGAGACAAGCCCUCAUGGGUGAGGUGCUGAGCCGAGGAGCCUUGGACUACCUGGCGCUGAUGGAAGAAGGCUUGGAGGGUGACGCUGGGCCUGGCAGGAAGAGGCUGAGGAAAACCGACGAGGGGCUUUACGCCUGCGACAUCUGUGAAAAGACCUUUCAGAAGAGCAGCUCCCUUCUGCGGCACAAAUACGAACACACAGGAAAACGUCCACACGAGUGCAAGAUCUGCAAGAAGGCCUUCAAGCACAAGCACCACCUGAUCGAGCACAGCCGGCUGCACUCCGGAGAGAAACCCUACCAAUGUGACAAGUGCGGCAAACGCUUCUCCCACUCGGGCUCCUACUCGCAGCACAUGAACCACCGCUACGCCUACUGCAGCAAAGACCAGGACCCAGACCAGUACAGCGAGGAGAUCCCCCUCACUCCGGGAGGCGGCGGCAGCCUGGGGGGUCACCUGUCGCUGGAGACCCCGAUGUCUUUGGAGGACACACAGACCCCGCACUCCUUCCUCAGCGACUCCAGUCUGGACGGAGCGCCGGAGAAUCUGAAGGAGGAGGAGGAGACCGAGGCCGGCGACGGUGCGGAGGACGAGGCGGAGGAGAGUCCGUCAGAGUCACAGGCGGAACCGGCAACUUGCACUGUGAGGAAGCAUCGGGAGCAAAUCUGGGACGGCAACUUGAACAAAUGUGAACUCAACCUGGACAGAACAGAACUACCGAGGAUAAAAACUUGAGCUCAAAACAGCGCACGUUGUAUAUAAUCUCAUACUCAUUUCAUCCCUAUAAUCUCACCACGUGGCCUUGAACAGGACAAAAGCCUUAAAAUUGAAAAUAUACAAAGAUGGAUUUACCAUUUACGUGACACUUUUCUCAUAAAUAUUAAGUUCCUUUUGUCGCAAAAUGUGUCGACAUGCUACCAAGUAGAGCGGCUAAGGCUCUCCCUCUGCUCAGAAAACCACAGAAGUGGCCUGUAAGCGACGCCUCUCUGAACUAAGAAUUUCAUUUCAACACAAACUGACCUGCGAUAAUUGGUCUACUCCAGGAGCUUCGGUUUCCUCCCUUGAUGUUGGCUCCAGGAGGUUCUUUUCUGUUGGCUAAUGUUUUUACAUAAAGUUGGUUCAAAGCUGAAAAAGCAGUUGGACGUGGGUCGGAACUGCGCGCCAAGUUGUCUCUCUUGUUUUGGUUUAAGUCUCCGAGCAUUAAUGUGAUACAAAAAAACCCCUUUGUAUUUGUGAUGAAAAGCAUGUGGAUCGUUUUUAUUCAUUUUGCAAACAUAAAGCAGAAGACUGCACUUUUUUUAAAAUAGCUUUCAUGAGUGAGGAUUGGAAAAUAGAAACUUGCACUGUUUGAAUGUCCGCAUGAUAAUUGAGCAAAACUGUCUGCUUCUACUCGCCGCUGGACACGUGCUGCGGUCGCUCUUUCACACGAUGAUGUGUCACGCUCUCCGUAGAGGUGCGGAGAGACGGCCGAGACUCAGGACUUUAACUUCUGCUUUGACUCUGGUGUCGCCUGAGAAGUGCCUUGUGAGUGAUGAGCAGAUAAGAAGGUGAAGAAGAAGGUGUGACAGUGACUCUCACAGAUCUGAAGUGCAGCCUCACUCUGCAGUUCCUCACCUUGUCUGCUCACUCACCAUCUUUAUAUUCACCUCCUGUUUUUAUACAGAAUUUUCAGUGUAAAUGUUAUAUAUUUUUGCAUGUUUGUGCAUAUUUGUAAUAAAUUGUACAGAAUUAUGACCAGUGUCCUGGUGACUUCGCUAACAAAGUCUCUUUUUUUCCCCCCAAAAAAACUGCGAUAGACUUGCAGACUUCACUGCUGAGCUCUUUACAAUGUUUUAG